AUGUUGCCAAUCAAAUUAUUAGCAACACUCGCUCUUUCUAUUUUCGCCAUUGGUGAAACUCCACCUUCUUUUCCAGAUUAUAAUACUGAAUCCAACCCUCAAUUACCACCAAUCACUUUCCAAGCCGUUCACUUUUCUUUCCCGGAUUGUCAAAAUGGUCCAUUGAAGGACAAUGAUGUUUGUAAUCCAUAUCUCCCAAAUAACCAGAGAGCCAAAGCUGUGGUUGAUUUAUUCACCGUUGAUGAAUUGAUCGCUAACAUGGGUAACACAUCUCCAGGUGUUGAACGUUUAGGUCUUCCACCAUACCAAUGGUGGAGUGAAGGUUUACACGGUAUUGCUAGAUCCAACUUUACUGCUUCUGGUGAAUACUCCCAUGCUACUUCUUUCCCUCAACCAAUCUUGAUGGGUGGUGCUUUCAACAGUGACUUAUAUAAACAAGUUGGUAAUGUUAUUGGUACUGAAGCUAGAGCUUUCAACAACGUUGGAAGAGCUGGUUUAGAUUACUACUCACCAAAUAUCAACCCAUUCAAAGAUCCUAGAUGGGGUCGUGGUCAAGAAGUUGCUUCUGAAUCUCCAGUUUUAGUUGGUAACUAUGCUUUAAACUACGUUCAAGGUUUACAAGGAGGUAUUGAUUCUAAUCCAAACGAUGACACUUUACAAGUUGCUGCUACUUGCAAGCAUUUUGCUGGUUACGAUAUGGAAUCCUGGAAACAACAUUCUAGAUUAGGUUACAAUGCCAUUAUUAGUGAUCAAGAUCUUGCUGAUUACUACUUUCCAACUUUCCAAAGUUGUGUUAGAGAUGCCAAGGCUGCUGGUGCUAUGUGUUCUUAUAAUGCUAUCAACGGCAUUCCAGUUUGUGCUUCUGAAUUCUUCCUUGGUACUGUUAUAAGAGAGGGAUUUGACUUCCAAAACGGUGUUAUUCACUCUGAUUGUGAUUCCCUUUACAGCAUUUGGAAUCCCCACUUGUAUGUUCAAGAUUUAGGAGCUGCUGCUGCUGAUGGUAUCAAGGCUGGUGUUGAUGUUAACUGUGGUGACACUUACCAAAACAACCUUGGUUAUGCUUUAGGAAACAAGACCAUUAAUGAAGAUCAAAUUAGAGCUUCAGUUACUCGUCAAUACUCCAACUUGAUUAGAUUAGGUUACUUUGAUUCUCCACAAACCAACAAGUACAGAACAUACAAUUGGAGUGACGUUUCUACUUCGCAAGCAAAUCAAUUAGCUUACCAAGCUGCUGUUGAAGGGAUUACUUUAUUGAAGAACGACGGUACUUUGCCAUUCAAUAAGGAUAAGGUCAAAAACGUAGCUGUAAUUGGUCCAUGGGCUAAUGCUACUACAGAUAUGCUUGGUGAUUAUGCUGGCACUCCACCAUACUUGAUCUCUCCAUUGCAAGGGGCUCAAGACAGCGGUUUUAAAGUUCAAUAUGCCUAUGGUACUCAAAUCAACACAACUCUUACUACUAAUUAUACCGCUGCUCUUAAUGCUGCCAAAGGAGCAGACGCGAUUGUUUACUUUGGUGGUAUUGAUAACUCCAUUGAAAAUGAAGCUCUUGAUAGAGAAUCUUUAGCUUGGCCAGGAAACCAAUUAGACUUAGUUAGCAAGCUUUCUGGUUUGAAUAAGCCAUUGGUUGUUGUACAAUUUGGAGCUGGUCAAGUAGAUGACACUGAAAUUAAGAACAACAAUAAUGUUAACUCAAUUGUUUACGCUGGUUACCCAGGUCAGAGUGGUGGUACUGCAAUUUGGGAUGUUUUAAACGGUAUCUAUGCUCCAGCUGGUCGUUUGAGUACUACUCAAUACCCAGCUUCUUAUGCUGAUCAGGUUCCAAUGACUGAUAUGACCUUAAGACCAAGAGAUGGCUACCCAGGUAGAACCUUCAUGUGGUACAAUGGUGAACCAGUUUAUGAAUUCGGUUAUGGUUUACAUUACACAACCUUCUCUGUUUCCCUUGCUAACGCUCCUCCAAAAGGUGCCCCACAAUCUUUCAACAUUGACCAAUUUAUUGCUGCCAAGAGUAGUCAAUACGUCGACACAAGUCUCAUUACUACGUUUGAUGUGAACAUCAAGAACACUGGUAAGGUUACAUCUGAUUACGCUGCAUUAUUAUAUUCAAACACAACGUCUGGUCCAGGUCCCCAUCCAAACAAAAUUUUGGUUUCUUUUGACAAGUUACACCAAAUCCACCCUGGUCAAAUACAAACAGCUAGUUUGCCAGUUACUAUUGGAUCCUUACUUCAAACUGAUACCAAUGGUAACAAGUGGUUAUACCCGGGUGCUUACACUUUCUUUGUUGAUAAUGACAUGAAGGCUCAAUGGGAAAUCACUCUUACAGGCCAAGCUGCACUUGUCCAAAACUAUCCAUCUCAAUCAUAA